CUCUACAGUUAAGACCACUCUCACAUUCUCUUAUCCAUUCUCCCUUCUCCGCCAACAAUGGCCUCCUUCCUUCUUCCGCCCUACUCUCCCUUCUCUCUCUCUCUCCCCUCCACCUCCAUCUCUCGGAACUCCGUCGCGUCGGCGGCGUCGCCGUCGGCUUCAAUCUCCAGUUCCCAAAGAAAAUCGCGGCGGAAGAAGCAGCAGCAGAACGACCUCAAGUCUGCAGACGACAAUGGAUACACGGGAGGUGCAGCUGGAAACUUCGCGCCUUCCAGCGCCGAGAAGCUACUGAGGCUUGUUUUCAUGGAGGAGUUGAUGGUGCGCGCCAGAGAGGGCAAUGUCGCUGGAGUUUCCGAGGUCAUUUACGACAUGAUUGCCGCGGGGCUGACGCCUGGACCCCGUUCGUUUCACGGCAUGGUUGUCUCGCAUGUCCUCAAUCGCGAUGAGGAAGGCGCUAUGCACGCACUUAGGAGGGAGCUGAGUGAGGGUAUUCGGCCUCUUCACGAAACAUUUAUAGCAUUGAUUCGGUUGUUUGGCUCGAAAGGUCAUUCUACAAGAGGAUUGGAAAUCCUUGCAGCAAUGGAGAAACUCCGUUAUAAUAUUCGUCAGGCAUGGAUACUUCUUGUUGAGGAGCUUCUGAAAAACAGAUUUUUGGAGGAUGCCAACAAGGUUUUCUUGAAGGGUGCUGAAGGUGGCCUUAGAGCAACGGAUGAGCUUUAUGAUCUUAUAAUUGAGGAAGAUUGUAAAGCAGGAGAUCAUUCAAAUGCAUUGACCAUCGCCUACGAAAUGGAGGCAGCUGGUAGAUCAGCAACAACAUUUCACUUCAACUGCCUCUUGAGCGUGCAGGCUACGUGUGGAAUUCCUGAAGUUGCUUUUGCGACCUUUGAAAACAUGGAAUAUGGAGAAGCUUAUAUGAAGCCUGAUGCGGAGACAUAUAAUUGGGUGAUUCAAGCAUAUACAAGAGCUGAGUCAUAUGACAGGGUUCAAGAUGUUGCUGAGUUACUUGGAAUGAUGGUUGAAGACUACAAGCGGAUACAACCAAAUGUGAGAACCUACGCGCUAUUGGUGGAGUGUUUUACAAAGUAUUGUGUCACAAGGGAAGCCAUUCGACACUUUCGUGCACUUAAAAACAAUGAAGGUGGAACAAGAAUUUUGCAUAAUGAGGGACAAUAUGGAGAUCCGCUCUCUUUAUAUCUUCGUGCAUUAUGUAGAGAAGGAAGGAUUGUUGAGUUAAUAGAGGCCCUUGAAGCUAUGGCAAAGGAUAAUCAACAAAUUCCUCCUAGAGCCAUGAUCUUGAGCAGGAAAUAUCGAUCACUUGUUAGCUCAUGGAUUGAACCACUGCAAGAGGAAGCUGAAGUUGGGCAUGAAGUUGAUUACAUCGCCAGGUACAUUGCAGAAGGUGGGCUUACAGGUGAACGCAAGCGAUGGGUUCCACGUAGAGGGAAAACUCCAUUGGAUCCUGAUGCUGAAGGCUUUAUUUAUUCCAAUCCUAUGGAAACUUCUUUCAAACAAAGAUGUCUUGAAGAAUGGAAAAUCCAUCAUAGGAAACUUCUGAAAACCUUACAGAAUGAAGGUCCUGCAAUUCUAGGCAAUGUUACUGAAUCUGACUAUUUUAGAGUUGUGGAGAGAUUAAAGAAAAUCAUUAAAGGUCCAGAACAAAAUCCUUUGAAACCAAAAGCUGCAAGUAAAAUGAUAGUGUCGGAACUGAAGGAAGAACUGGAAGCUCAAGGUUUGCCAACUGAUGGCACUAGAAAUGUUCUGUACCAACGUGUACAGAAAGCAAGGAGAAUAAAUCGUUCCAGAGGCCGGCCACUUUGGGUCCCUCCUGUGGAAGAGGAGGAAGAAGAGAUUGAUGAAGAGUUGGAUGAGUUAAUUUCAAGGAUUAAGCUGCAAGAAGGCAACACAGAGUUCUGGAAACAACGUUUUCUUGGAGAGGGCCUGAAUGAAAAUCACAGCAAGCAAUUGGAAGUUGAAGCCCAUGAUGUUCCUGAUGUCUCAGAUGAUGCUGAUGUCGAUAUUGAGGAUGAUGUGAAAGAGACCGAAGAUGAGGAGGUUGAUGAGGAAGAAGAGGAAGUGGAGCAAACUGAAAGCCAAGUAGAUGACAGGGUUAAAGAUAAGGAAGUCGUGGCCGCAAAGCCUCCCCAGAUGAUUGGAGUCCAGUUACUGAAAGACUCUGAUCAGAUAACUAGCUCAUCGAAAAAAUCCAGGAGAAGAUCUGCUCGGGCAUCGAUGGAGGAUGACGCCGAUGAUGAUUGGUUUCCCGAGGAUCUUCAUGAGGCGUUCAAGGAAAUGAGGAAGAGGAAAGUGUUCGAUGUAUCUGACAUGUACACGAUAGCUGAUGCUUGGGGUUGGACAUGGGAGAAGGACUUCAAAAACAAAGCACCGAGAAGAUGGUCACAGGAAUGGGAAGUUGAAUUGGCAAUUCAACUAAUGACAAAGGUGAUAGAAUUGGGCGGGACGCCAACCAUUGGCGACUGCGCCAUGGUACUCCGGGCUGCUAUACGAGCUCCUGUGCCGUCAGCCUUCUUACAGAUCCUGCAGACAACACACAGCCUGGGAUAUGUAGACUGCAGCCCGUUGUAUGAAGAAGUCAUAAGCCUGUGUCUGGAUCUUGGGGAGCUCGAUGCCUCGAUCGCCAUUGUAGCUGAUUUGGAGACGAGCGGGAUCAAAGUGGACGACGAAACUCUCGACAGAGUCAUCUCUGCAAGACAGGCACAGAUGAAUGAUAGCCCCGCCGAUGGCGACACAACACAAUAGGUAGGUAGGUAGGUAGGUAAGGUAAGGUAAGCAUUCUUGGAGAAAUUUUACUACUAGAUGAACAAUUUUUGUGAAAAUUUAUUUUUUCAGAGUUAUUGGGUUUGAUCA